AUGUGGGAGACCAUUCAAGCUACCCUGCAAGAAAGAUACAAGCCAUUCUCCGGUCAUGUCAAAGAUGUCAUUGAUGGCAGUGAGUACAGGAAGCUGUGUGAAUCAAGUGGAAUUUUGGUUGGUUCAAAUUGCCUUUCUACACUUUUAAACACUGAUGGUAUUCCCAUCUUUAACAGUUCAUCUAUAUCUGUUUGGCCAGUCUUCUUAGCCAUUAAUGAAAUUCCUACUAGGGAGAGGUAUGUGUUCAUGUAUAUAUCUUUUUAAAAUUUCAUUGUACAUUAUUUAAUCUUUUUUCUGAAUUCUUUGCCCAUUUCAAUUCGGUAAACUGCAUGUAUUUUGUCCAAAUGGUGACGGUAAUUAUUAUUUUGUUGUUGUUGAACCUUAUAUUAUUCUCUAGUUUCCUUUGAACUCAAGGGUCAAAAACGGCUAGCAGAAAAAAAAACCAACUUGGCUGCCUGUGGCAAAGCCCAAAAGAAAUUGGGCUUUGUCACCAGGGUCACAAAAAGGCAAAAUAGCGCAAGGAUCUCCUGGGUGUUGUAUUCUUUUGACUAUUAAGGGGAGGAGUAGGUCAUUUCACAUAUCAACAAGAAACAUGGCUACCACCAAUACCACCAAUGUGAAUAAAAAUCAAGAUACACUGUAAGCAAGUAAUGCGUUUGAAAUGAGACAAAGGUAAGUAUUGUUCUAAAACUUCUAACCCUCCCGGGGAAUAUGUUUCUGUUUAAUGGAGUAACAGCCCAAUGUACCCCCAUUGCAGGUAUUGUGUUAUUUUUGUAUUCAGUAUGAAAACCAAAUACAUAAGUUUGAAAAAUGAAAAAAGGGCUGUAUCUUUUUUUUCUAAGCAGUAUGUUUGUAUUCAUUGCUUUCUUUAAAGAAUUCAUGUAAUGAUAUACCUUACCAUUCACUAAUGACCAAAAAAUAUGUACUAUAGUUUCUUUCCUUUUUUAUUUUAGGUUUCUUAAGAAGAAUGUUGCUCUUUGGGGCCUAUGGCAAGGCAAAGGGAAGCCUGUAAGGGACUUGUCAGAAAUUAGCAGGGAGGGAAGGGGGGGGUGGGAAUUUUAAAUUUGGGUUUAGAAAUUAGGUGACCCAUCCCUUCAAUGGGAGUGAAAUUUGCUAACCCUCCCCUUAUGCUUGGCCUAAAAUAUCAUGACCCUCCCCACCUUACAGAAUUGAAAGAAAAAUGUUCCAGGCUCUUUAAGGUUCAGUAUUCCAAGCCAACAAGAAAAAAGGAAACAAAAACAAAAUAAAAGGAAAGCAAAAAAAACCUAGAGCAAAAAGAAUGGAAGCUAGCUGCAAAAAAGUUAUGGAGACCAUUGCACCUCAGCAAGAGUGGCAUAAUGUUACAGAGCCUAUUGGCCCAUUAUCUCUUCAUUAUGAAGGAAUAAGUGGCCUUUACAAAACACAAAGGCCAUAUACCCAAUACAUCUUUGAGAAGGGUUGUUCACCAAUGAAUAACAGGAAAUUAUCCAGCAAUAUCCAAGCUUCAACUUAAAUGAAAAUCAUGAUGAUGAUGAAAGUGAUUGUAUCAAUGUUGAUGACAUAAAUGAUGAUGAUCAAGAUGCUCACAGUAGCAUUGAUGGUGACGCUGAAGACAGUGAUGAAUAGAAUAGCCAAAACUCUAAUAACAUUAAUAACAACAUUAUUCAUAAUAAAAAUGCAAUAAGACUCUAUAGCAUUGCCGUGUAAUAAAUGAAAAGUACAUGUUUGUUAAAUUCUUGCAAUAGUACUUCACAGUUUAUAUCCAUAAUGUUCUGUUGUUGUUUAUUAUUAUUUUUCUUUUUUUUUUACCAAAUAAGAAACUUCCUUUUAUUCUGCAGGUGAACCUCUACAUGAUCACGGGCUAUAUUUGCAUGGCCCUCCCCCUUUUAACGGCCCAUUUUUCAUGACCCCUCCCUUUUCUGAGUCUCAAAAUGUUGUGACCCUCCCUCUGUUUCCACCCCCGCUCCCCCCCUGCUAAUUUCUGACAAGUCCCUAAUGCAUGCAUUCCUGAACCCUCUUGUUAUCGCCUUGAUCAGCAUUAGCAAAAAUGGUACAUAUGUGAAAUUUUAUUUUUUAUCUUCUAGGCAAACGUAAAUAAAUAUAUUAGUAUACUGUAUUUUCUUCGAUAAUCCAUGAAAAGAAAUGAUGAAAUUUUAUUUAUUUGAUCGUAAAAGUUACUUUCAACCACAACGUAACUAUUAAAUUCUUACCUUUAAAAAUUGCUUGGAUCAUUCUCUUCCUUCCUUCCAGAACUGUAGCUAAAAAUUGAGAACAUGAAAUUUGACGUAUGUUUGGACACUUUAAACAACAUCAAGCCACAUAACUUUGCCUUUCGUUGUUUUACAAAGAGAUGAUAGGUUUAAAAAUUGGGCAAUGUUAGAAAGUAAUAUUGUCAUUCUUAGUUCUGAUUGGGAGAUGUUUUGCCAAUAAACCUCUUUCUUUAAACAGGAUUACUGUCACAAAAGAAAAAGAAUGCUGUCCUGUCCAUAUAUAUCCAUUACUUUCUACGAUGGAUUUGCAAACAAAGUCCUAUUGGCUGUGCCUGGUACCCCACAAUAAGGACUGUGGUUGUUCGACCUGCAACAUUAAGUUAGGAAAGGGUCAUUCAAAGGCAUACUUGUUUGAAGAUUACAAGACAACAACCCAAAGGACAGCAGAGUCUUUUAGGCAAGAUGCUGAACUCGCAAAUGAGACAGGAGAAAAGGUAAAUAUUAUUAAGCUAUUAUUACGGUAGUAAAAAAAAUAGCCAACCGUGUAGGUGAAAGUCUCCUCUUUUGUUUAAGAGAGACCGAAUGACGGGUAAAGUUUUUGUCUGCUUGAAGACUUCAAGUUUUUGGUGGAAGUGUUAGUGUAAAAAGUGACGACACAAUCUUAAUUACGAUCACAAGCAACGAAUCCUGAAAUACAAUAACACACACUAAAGUUAACAGAUCGAAAUCCACAAUCAAAAAUCACAAACCAUGAGCUUUUGAACCUAUUGAAGUAAACUUAUGUUUCCUAAGAGGUCUGCUAAGAUGAUUGACGGCAGCUACAAAUGCAAACGUCAGUUGGCUUUUGAACUUCAGAAUUUGCACGUUUAUGAAAAGCGCAGUAAACUAAGAAUAUGCAUGUAUUUUACCUGCAACAAUUUUUUUACCUACCUUUUUCAUUAACUGUCCAUGUUAGUGAAUAUGACUUUGUGUGCCUUUUUAUCCUUCACAUAUGUUUCCUGUUGCUAUGAGAGUUGUUGCCAUUAUAGUUUUUGUUUUUUCUUUGUGCAGGUGCAGGGAAUCAAAGGAUAUAGUUUGGCACUUUCUCUUUGCCAUCAUAACAUGAUGAAGGGUACCUGUCUUGAUUACAUGCAUGGGCUACUCCUUGGUGUUGUGAAGACCCUUCUAAGCCUGUGUUUCUUUCCCAGUAAAUAUAAUAAAGGGGCAGAUUACUUCAUUGGCCAUAAGGUAACUAUGUAACAUAUGUUAAAAUGGACUUUGCACUAGUUUCGAGUUAAGAUUAUCACUGUAAAGAAAAUGGCAAUGUAUUUCACAUCUGCAACUUUCCUUGCCCUAUUGCAUGUUUAUUGCUGAGUAAUUGGUGUGAUGAAAAAGAGAAACUUGGCCUCUUCUUCUAAAGGUGUGGUUGAUGAUCGCUAUAUUGAUUGUUUGGUAGCUACAACUAACAAGUGGAACAAGAUUUCAGUCACAAGAAAUUCAUUUAUCCUUUCAUAUCUCGAUUGAGCGACUAAUGACUAAUGACUAGUCAAGAUUUAUUGACUGCAUCUAACAGCUGGAGACGUUAUGCACUCCUUCGUCACACCUCAAAAAGAAGACCGAUUUUUUUUCAAUACUGAACAACCUAGGCAGUUUGUGUCAACAGCAGAAUCGAAACAAAACGACAUAAUAGGCCAUGUGUACUUUAAAAACAUCAAUGCCUUCAUCGAACAGCACGUUCACGUCGGAGAACUAUACUUAGAGUAUAUCAAAGGUGAUUGCCAACAAAACGGGGAGUCCUUUGUGAUUUUUGCACGAAAUUCCCUCCUUUCAGAGAUUCUUUGCACCGGGUACCACGUCCAAGGCCUGAUGAAACCGCUCUACCAGAUCUGAAAUAUUUAUCAUUUGAUGAAACUCCUAUCACUUCACCAGAAGGACAUUCCAGAGAGAUAUAUGAUUAUCAACCAACGGCUCAGAUUAAAAGGCAUGUAAAAGAAAGAAAACUAACCCUGGAAGACAGUGACUCAAUUGCUGAGUUUUCCAAAACCUUUGCUGUUCAGGAAUUACAUGUGCAAAAGUACCUCCCGCACCCCCAAUAUCUUGAAGUGAAGAAAUGGAAACAAAAAGAUGACAGAAAACAUCAGAGAGAAACUGACUCCCAAAAGAAGUACGCUGAUUACAACUGGGAAGAGAUGUUCAUGGCGGGGAUUCUGAAAAAGCCAAAAGUAUCAGCUGUGAAUCUCUUUCUGGAAAAGCACCAAUUGGGAAAUAAGAAAAUAGGAAAAACGAGAGGCCAGUAUUAA